CUUCAAACAUUUUUUUCAGACAAAAUGCGGCCCCUUACUGGAGAAGAGACUAAAAUUUUCUUUGAGAAGUUGUCAAAAUAUAUUGGAGAGAAUGUUAAAAUGCUCAUCGACAGAGCAGAUGGAGUUUAUUGUUUCAGGUUGCACAAGGAUCGUGUCUUCUACGUAUCAGAGAGAAUCAUGAAGCAAGCGUCUAAUGUAUCCAGAGAAAAUCUCAUCAGUUUAGGAACAUGUUUUGGUAAGUUCACUAAAUCUAAGAAAUUCCGUCUUCACAUAACAGCACUGGACUUCCUUGCACCAUACUCGCAGCAUAAGAUCUGGCUCAAGCCGUCAGCUGAGCAGCAGUUUCUGUACGGACAUCAUGUAUCUAAGAGUGGACUGGGAAGGAUUACAGAAAACACUGAUCAAUACCAGGGAGUUAUAGUAUACUCAAUGUCUGAUCUGCCUAUUGGGUUCGGGGUGGCCGCAAAGGCUACAGCAGAAUGCAGGCAUGCUGAUCCAAUGAACGUGAUUGCAUUCCACCAGGCGGACAUCGGAGAGUAUAUUCGUUCUGAGGAGACUCUAACCUAAAUCAUUGUAUCUUUAUUGUUCAUUUGUUUUGUUUUUUAAAUCGCUAAUAAAGCAUAAAAUUAUAAUAA